CUAAGAUUUUUUUUUUUUAAUUUAAAAACCAACUAUAAAAUUAUUAGCACAUUGUCUUAAUUAUAAGUUAACUGAUAUAGAUUCCAUAAAGUAUUUUCUUACUUUGAGAGUAUAAUUUGUAGUAUAAGUAUAAUUAUUAACCAGUUUAAUUUAGGUGGUAGCUUUACUUUUACAAAAAUAGUUAAUCUCUUUAAAGAUUUUAAUUUGUUUAAUGACGAUUCAAUGUUGCUCUUUGACUGUCAAGUAAUCAGUCAAAUAAUGUCAAAAUAGAAUUGACAAUUGACAUUGUUCUAGUAGUUUGUAUUUUGUCUAAUUGUCUAUAGUAAAUAAGUGUGAUUCAAAAUAUACUGUAUAACCUAAAUGCGUUUUAUUACUAUUAAGUUAAUUCAAACAUCUAAAAAUGGAAGAAGACGGAACACCAACUGUUAGCUUAGUAUCAUGUAUGCAUUUUGUAAGACGCGGGGUUGCGAAAGCGGUACCCGAAAAGAUUGAACUUACUGAAAAGGAAUUGGAGAAAAUAAUCAAACAAACCGCCACUGAACUAAGGUUAACUGAAGCAGGUGAAGAUCAGAGUGAUGAAGAGGUCGAGAACACUGAAACUACAAGGGAACCGCCGGCCGAUCCCAAUGAUGAGUUUGAUUUUGAAAAUUAUGACCAACAAGAGUCGAGUGAUCCUGUUGGUAUAGGAACAAUAGCAACAUUACCAAACUUAGGAGAUCUCAGUGAAAAUAUACAGAUAAGGACUGAAGGUCCCGAUAGUGAUGAAGAAGAUGACAUUAUCAAACCUAAUGAUAACUUGCUGUUAGUGGGACAUGUAGAGACUGAUGCUAGUGUUUUAGAAGUAUAUAUCUUCAAUAAAGAAGAGGGAUCAUUCUACGUCCACCAUGACAUAAUCUUACCUUGGUUCCCUCUCUGCAUUGAAUGGUUGAGCCAUGACCCGUCAGAUCCCCAGCCAGGUAAUCUCUGUGCCUUAGGGGGUAUGGAUCCAGUGAUUCAAGUAUGGGAUUUAGAUAUAGAAAACUGUUUGGAACCGGCUUUCAAGCUUGGGAGAAAACCCAAUAAAAAGAAAAAAACGAAGAGAAUAGGCCAUAAGGAGGCCGUAUUAGAUCUCUCUUGGAAUAGUAAUUUUUCACAUGUACUAGCAAGUGGGUCAGCAGACAACACAGUCUUAUUAUGGGACUUGGAUCAAGGAUCACCGCAUACGAAAUUAGACUACUUCGAAGAUAAGGUACAAUCCCUCAGUUUCCAUCCACUAGAGGCUCAGACCCUGCUGUCGGGCUCGUGCGACGGUAACGCUCGCGUCACCGACUGUCGAACUCCAGAGGCACACAGAGCUUGGAACCUCGGACCUGAGAUCGAACGAAUUGUUUGGGACAGGCAUAACCCAUUUUGUUUUGUUAUGAGCAACAAUGAAGGGAAAGUUGCUUAUGUGGACUGUAGACAUGACGAACCUUUAUGGAAAAUAGACGCACAUCAAAAAGAAGUCACAGGUCUUAUAUUAAGUGAAAAUGUCCCUGGAUUGUUAAUAACAGCAGGUUCAGAUGAGAAGUUCAAGACUUGGGAUAUAACAAGCGCUACGCCCUUACAAAUAAGUGAACGGUCAGUCCGUGUGGGGCAAGUACUGUGCGCGGCGCAGUGCCCCGACGCGCCCUUCGCCCUAGCGGUGGGGGGAGACAACAAGGAGUGCUUUAUUGAGAUUGUGGACCUCACCACUAAUGAAGAAGUUAUGAAUCGUUUCGGAGCAAGAGCACAAGUUACAUCCAACACUAAUGCUAUGGAAUCAUAGAAUAUAAACAUAACUAUAUUUUAUAUGUAUAUGAUUAUAAAAUGGAUGAUAUAUUGAAAUAAAAAUAAUAAAUAAAAAUGGUGUUUAAUCCGA